GAGAGAGAGAGACGACAAGAGAGAGAGAGACGACAAAGAGAGAGACGACAAAGAGACGACAAAGAGAGAGAGAGACGACAAAGAGAGAGAGAGACGACAAAGAGAGAGAGAGACGACAAGAGA